GCCCCUUCCCCCCUCCCUCCCCGCCCCGUCGAGGCCCCGUUACCGGACCGCUGCACCACCCCUAGACUCCGCACUGCCCCCUCCUCCCCGCCUUCCCAGAAGCGGGGUUCCCUUCCCUUUGACUCUCUGUGCAUUCAUUUGGGCCACACUUCCAGGCCCUGCCUGCCCCUGCCCCUUGCGGGGAGCCGGAGUCCCCCCACCUCGAGGAGCUAGGAGACAUCGCGCUUCCCAGACCCUGUGCGGGUCUGAGGGCCCCUGCACCAGCCCAGAAGAGAGAGGCUGAGUGCCCCUUCUUUCCUCUGUCCAGUCCUACAUCACCAGCUGUCGGAGGAGUGGGCCUCUAACCGCGUAGCCCUAGGGGAGCCCCGCCCAGUACUGUAGGAGCCCCGCCCCCAGACCACCUCAGUAGUCCCAGGCAGCCCGCAGGGCCCCGCGCCCGUCCCGACGGAGGAGGUGCCCCCUACCACGGGCCAGGUCUGCCCCGCCCCGGUCACCCGGUCAGAUAGCCUGGGCCCCGAGCCCGGCCCCGCCUCUGCCCUGCUCCGCCCCGCCAAGUAGGUUCCCCGGCGUGGGCCUGGGCCUGCAGCCCGGGCCAGGCCCCGGGGCCCCCCGCCGCGGCGGUAGCAUGGCCUCGGAGUCGGUGAAAGUGGUGGUUCGCUGCCGGCCCAUGAACCAUCGGGAAAAGGAGCUGAACUGCCAGUCCGUGGUGACGGUGGACUGCGCCCGCGGCCAGUGCUUCAUCCAGAACCCGGGCGCCGCAGACGAGCCGCCCAAGCAGUUCACCUUCGACGGCGCCUAUUACCUGGAGCAUUACACCGAGCAGAUCUACAAUGAGAUCGCCUACCCCCUAGUGGAGGGUGUCACUGAGGGCUACAAUGGCACUAUCUUUGCCUAUGGUCAGACAGGCAGUGGGAAAUCCUUUACUAUGCAAGGCCUGCCAGAUCCUUCUACCCAGAGAGGCAUCAUCCCCAGAGCAUUUGAACAUAUUUUUGAGAGUGUCCAGUGUGCUGAGAACACCAAAUUCUUGGUUCGUGCUUCCUACCUAGAGAUCUAUAAUGAGGAUAUCCGAGACCUGUUGGGCGCUGACACCAAGCAGAAGCUGGAGCUGAAGGAGCAUCCAGAGAAGGGCGUCUACGUGAAGGGACUGUCCAUGCACACAGUCCACAGUGUGGCCCAGUGCGAGCGUAUCAUGGAGAUGGGCUGGAAGAACCGGUCAGUGGGCUACACUCUAAUGAACAAGGAUUCGUCACGCUCUCACUCCAUCUUCACCAUCAGCAUCGAGAUCUAUGCUGUGGAUGAGCGAGGCAAAGACCACCUUCGGGCAGGGAAGUUGAACCUAGUUGACCUGGCAGGUAGUGAAAGGCAGUCGAAAACAGGAGCCACAGGGGAACGGCUCAAGGAGGCUACAAAAAUCAACCUCUCUCUGUCGGCUUUGGGCAAUGUCAUUUCUGCCCUGGUGGAUGGCCGCUGCAAACACAUCCCCUACCGAGACUCAAAGCUCACCCGGCUGCUGCAGGACUCCUUGGGGGGCAACACCAAGACCCUCAUGGUGGCCUGCCUGUCCCCUGCCGACAAUAACUACGAUGAGACCCUCAGCACCCUGAGGUAUGCCAACAGAGCCAAGAACAUUAAGAACAAGCCUCGCAUCAAUGAGGAUCCCAAGGAUGCCCUCCUAAGGGAGUACCAGGAGGAGAUCAAGAAAUUGAAGGCCAUCUUGGCUCAAACAGUGAACUCAAACAACUUGUCAGCCUUGUUGUCAAACCAGUUGUUUGGUAAACCCUCACAACAGGAAGAAAAGCCGCCUCCUAUACCACCACCUCCUCAGCCAGAUAUUGAGGCCGAGAAGCAAUUGAUUCGAGAGGAGUAUGAGGGAAAGCUGGCCCGGCUAAGAGCUGAUUAUGAAGCAGAACAGGAGUCAAGAGCCAAGCUGGAAGAGGACAUCACCGCCAUGCGCAAUUCUUAUGAUGUGAAGUUGUCUACCUUGGAAGAGAACCUCAGGAAGGAGACUGAGGCAACCCAGAAGGCUGAGGCCCUGUCCAAAGCUGAAGCCCUGCUCAAGGCCGAGGCCCUGUCCAAGAUUGAGGCCCUGUCCAAGGCUGAGGCCCAGUCCAAGGCUGAGGCCCAGUCCAAUGCUGAGGCUCUGUUCAGGGCUGAAGCCAUGUAUAAGGCUGAACUCAUGUCCAGGGCUGAGGCCCAGGCCAAGGCGGAGGCCAUGAUGAAGGAAGCUACUCUCAGGAGCGAAGAACUAAAAUCCGAAAGCCAACUGGAAGUCCCCCUUGAGAUCUCCCCUGAGAUCCCAUUGUUGGAGGAAUCUGACCAGACUGAGCCUCCCCCGGAAUCUGAGGCCCCCCUCCUGCCUGAGGCCCCCUUCCUGCCUGAAGAGCCCCCCAAAGAAGAAGCCAUACUUUUGCCUGAGGAGCCCUUUCCUUUGGAUGUCCCUAUUGAGCUGGAAACCCUGCUGCCAAGUGAAAUCCUUGUAUCUGAUACUCCAGUCAAGCCUGAUGAGUUGCCCAAGGAUGAACUCUUACUCAAGUCUGAAGCCUUCUUCCAGGGUGAAACUAUGGUUGAGGAGACUGUGGAGCCAUCCCUGGAACAGGCAUUUGUGGAGCUGCAACCUAUUAUAUUAGACAUAUCUCCAGAAGCUAAGCAGAUCUCAGGACAGCUGGCCAUUUUUGAUGAGCUGGAGGUAAAGCUGUCCAAGAUGCCUCCUGGGUCUACCAAGAUUGAGAUAUCAGAAAUUCCACUGCAGUAUUCCAUGUCAGAACUGCCACCACCAAGUGAUAUGAAGCCUGAAGACUUUCCUGCCUUGGAGGCCAAAAGUGAGUCUGAGCAGCCACAGAUCCCCAAGAAAGAGAGCAUAGGAGUGGAAGUGGCAGUGGUGACAGAUGAAAUCCCUGCAGCUGUGGACCAGGAACAGGUGCUGGCCAGGUUGCAUAUGCUGGAGCAGCAGGUGGUGGGAGGAGAGCAAGCCAAGAACAAGGAUCUGAAGGAGAAAUUGAAGCGGCGUAAGCGGUAUGCGGAUGAGCGGAAGAAGCAGCUGGUGGCCGCCCUGCAAAACUCUGAUGAGGAUAGUGGCGACUGGGUGCUCCUGAAUGUCUAUGAUUCCAUUCAGGAGGAAGUGAGAGCCAAGAGCAAACUCCUGGAAAAGAUGCAGAGAAAGCUGCGGGCUGCAGAGGUAGAAAUCAAAGAUUUGCAGUCAGAAUUUGAGCUGGAGAAGAUUGAUUAUUUGGCCACCAUCCGCAGGCAAGAGCGAGACUUCAUGCUCUUUCAGCAGCUUCUUGAACAGAUGCAGCCACUGAUUCGCCGGGACUGUAACUAUAGCAACCUUGAUAAGAUCAAGCGGGAAUCAUGCUGGGAUGAAGAGAAUGGCUUUUGGAAGGUGCCAGAGCCUGUCAUUGUGAAAACCAGUCUCCCUGUAGCAGUUUCAACAUUAUCACAGAAUAAACCCUCCAGAAAAUCCUGUUCAGCUGAGAAUGGAGAACCUUUGCAGGAAGAAGAUCGCUACAAGCUAAUGCUGAACAGGAGUGACAGUGAGAAUAUUGCCAGUAACUAUUUCCGAUCUAAACGGGCCAGUCAGAUCCUCAGCACGGAUCCAAUGAAGAGCCUGGCUUACCACAACUCGCCCCCCGGGCUCAACUCCCCUCUGAACAACGCCUCCUCCAUCCUGACACCCAUCCCGCCCCCCCAGCCCACGGACAUGCCCCAGCCUCGGCCCUUUCGCCUCGAGUCCCUGGACAUCCCCUUUGCCAAGGCCAAGCGCAAGAAAAGCAAAAGUAACUUUGGCAACGAGCCCCUCUGAGCACCGCCCCUACCCGGCCCCGCCCCGCCCCACCCCCGCCCUGCCCUGCCCUGGGUUGGCUGCUCCCUGGCCCGGCCGGGCUGGGCCGUUCUCUGCCUCCCCUCCCUUCCGGCCGGGGGGUGGGAUGGGUGCCCGCUGGCGUUGGCCGGCUCAACUUGCCGGGCUGCUGGAUGGCAAGGAAAGGCUCCUUUCGCUACAUGAUACGGGCACCUCUCGAGUCACUCAAACAGCACUGUUCUCCUUAAAAGGGCACAACAGUAGUUGUUUUCCCGCCCCCCCUCUCUCCCCCAUUCUGUUUGCACCUGCAGCCUGAGUCCCCCGAGCACCUGCCAGCCAGUGUUGAUCCUGACGGACCUUACCGGACCAACCCUCCCCAAACGCACCACCGCCAAGGGUUUUCUGGGGGCCACCCUCCAGACCGGGGGGCACCCUAUCCCUUUGCAUGGAUGAGACUGGAAAGAAAUCCCUUUGACCAGAGGGAGGGAGAAGGCUUUUCUUUGGCCUCUCCUGUUGAUUGAGCUUUGGAUUCCUGAUGAGAAAAAUAAAUGGCGCAUACAGAUCAGUGGAGGGACAAGCCCUGGCCUCACCAGGGAGCUGCCUGCUCCUGUUCAGGUGGGAGCCAGCCCUCUCCUGCACAUAGGGAGCUUCCCACCGAACUGGCAUAUUAAACUGCCUCAUUCUGA